AUGGGAGCUAGCUUUGGGGACGCGACGGAGGGAGCGAGCCUGCCGGCUCAGUCAGUCAGUACGGCGGCACGGGGAACGCGGGGUCCGGCUCGGACCAUUUUAACUGCGGCUCCGCUGGCGGCGCGCGCCCGCGACACAGCUCGGAGCCGCAGGAGCGCGCGGCCUGCUCGGGGAGGGGGCGGAGCCGCGGCAGCGGCGCGCUCGGGGCGGGGGCGUGGGCGCCCGGCUGCUCACCCGGGACGGGCCGCUAGGCGGGGACUGCUGGGAAGCGGGCUGGCGAGGGUGCGGGGCUCACGGGGAGCGGCGCGCGCCCCUCCCUCCCGUCGCCCAAGGUUUCGCGUAGCCCACGCCCCUUUUGUGGGGCGGGAGGAGACGCUUCCGAGCCAGCUGUGUGGCAUCCGUUUGCCCUGCCGCGCUGACGUCUCUAGGUACAAGUUCAAGAACUGCCAUUGGCCGGGAGCCGCUCGGCUCUUUCUUUCACCCCCACCUCCCGACUCGGAGACCCGGGCGACGAAGAAUAGAAUGAAAGCAUAUAUCGAAUUAUUUAUACACACCAGAAAGAUAAACAGUUUUUUCAACCCAGUUAGUCAUCCAACAUCCCAGGCUGCAAGCUUAUGGAUGACUUUAUCGUCUGCACCCUCGAAGUCCCAUCUAUCCAUUCAUCAGAGAGGGCUGCACCUGGCUGACGGCCAGUGAGAAGGCCAGCCCUCCAAUCUACAGAAUUCUGAAUUCUGCCAACAAGUGCAUAAGCAUGGAAGAAGAGCCCGAACAACAAGGGAGCACAGCCCCACUGAUGCCUUGAUUCCAGCCCCAUGGGAACCUGACCAGAGACUCCGGCUGAGCCCACGCCAGGAUUUCUGACCUACAGAACUAUGAAAUAAUAAAAAGGUGUUGUUUUAAAUCA